UGACUAUGAGAGCUGUGGGAAAAGAAGGAGGAUACUCGGGUCAAUGUUUGAUUUUUAUGAAUGUGACAACAUUUAGGUUUAAAGAAGACACAUCAAUGGAUACAGAAGGAGGAUAAUUAACAGGUGAAGACGAUGCAGACACACACCUGAGUGUUGUGUGUGUGUGUGUGUGUGUAAAGACACCAGGAAGGAGAUGAUACCUGAGCCCACAGCUGCAGCAGCUGCAUCCAGGUCCUCAGAGCAAAAGAAGAACUCUCGGGGUGGGGCAAACUCCUCUGGAGCCGUCAAUCAUUCAGGGGAGGACUCUGGAAAUGAGAACAGACGAAGGAGUGUAAGAAGCGAAGGAGAAAAGCGCACACGGCCUCAGAGAAUGUUAAGAGCAAAAAUGCCAGAGCCAGCCGCGGCAGUGUCAGCAAAACAAGAGGCAGGAAACAGAAACAUGUGGAGGCCGUCACCCUGUUUGAGGUGGUCACCAUGGGCAGGGGCGCCAUGCAGGUCGUGAUUGAUGAUUGGAUCGAGGCUUAUGUGACCGACAGACACUCACCUCUCCUCGAUCUCAUCAGCUUCUUCAUCCAAUGCUGUGGCUGUAAAGGCAAGUAGACGCCACGAGCACAAACGCACAAUCAAGGCGGUCAAACACACACACAAACAUGAAUGAAAAACCUGCACAUACUGGGUCUACUUUACCUCCCCCCGUGUCUCUCUCAGGUCUGGUCACAGCCGAGAUGUGUCAGAACAAAGAGGACAGUGACGUCAUGAGUAAGAUGGUGGAGGAGCUGGAUGAGGUCUCUGGUCUGCAGUAUAAGAAGUUUCUGGCCUUUCCCUGGAUCCUCACCGUCACCUGGCCCAUGGAUACAGAUAGCGUGGAGUAUCCUCUGACACAGGCAGGGCCGUAUGGACGCUGGUUCCACUCCGAGUUCUGUGACUUCAUAUCGGUGCUUGUGGCUCAGUGUCAGCACAGCGUCAUAUUUGACUGUUACCUGAUGAACGCCAUCAUCUCAUUGCUCACCGAGCUCUCCGACUCGUUCGUACGCGCGUUCAGGCACACCUGCACACUGGCAGCGGUGAAGUUGCUGAGCUCUCUGGCGGGCGUCGCUCUGAGCCUGAGCGUCGGCAUCGAGAACAGUCAGAAGCUGUUUCAGGUGCAGAAAACAAAGACGCUGAGACAGAAGAGCACGCUGCAACAGGAGAGAAUACAGAAGAAGAUCACAGAGCUGCAGGAGAAAAGGACGGAGAUCGAGAGCAUGAUGGACAUCAUUUUCAAAGGAGUUUUUCUGAAAAGACAUCGAGACGUGCUUCCUGAAAUCCGUUCGAUCUGUCUGGAAGAGUUGGGUCUGUGGAUGAAGCUCUACAGCUCUUCGUUUCUCAAUGAUAGCUACCUCAAAUACAUGGGCUGGAUGCUGCACGACAAGGUGCCAGAUGUGCGUCUCAAGUGUGUGUUAGGUCUUCAGGGUUUGUAUGGAGAUCCAGUCCUGCACCCUAAACUUGACCUGUUCACCAGCCGCUUCAAGGACCGGAUGAUCUCCAUGACCCUGGAUAAGGACAACGAAGUGGCAGUGCAGACCAUGAAACUACUGCUGAUCAUCUCUAAAACCUCUGACGACGUUCUCAGCCCGGAGGACUACAAACAGCUGCUCCAGUUUGUUUACGCGUCACAGCGCCCUCUAGCUGUGACUGCAGGGGAGCUGCUCUACUCAAGGCUUCUCAACACGGCAGCACCUGCAUCUGAAACUCAGGAUGAAAUAAAUGACGAUGAGGCACAAAAACAAGACAUGUUCUCCACGCUGAAGGCCCUGCUGCAGUUCUUCAAGGAGUCUCAGCUGCACAAGCAUGUGGUGUACCUGGUGGACAGUCUGUGGGACUGUGGAGGAGCUCUGCUGAAGGACUGGCCUGCUCUCACAUCUUUACUGCUGCAGGACCCUCCCUCACACCGUCAGGGUUUCACUCAUGAAGAAAAAGCUGUGCUUGUGGAGAUCUUGGUUGCGUCGGUGCGUCAGGCCGCGGAGGGACCAGUGCUGGCAGGAAGGAGUGGAGCCAAGAAGGUCAUGAGUGCCAGGGAAAAGAAAAUUCAGAUUGAUGACUGCACUAAACUCACUGAACAUCUCAUCGUGGUGCUUCCUGACUUACUGUCCAAGUUCUCAGAUAGUCCUGACGUCGUUGCCUCCCUGAUGAGGAUUCCUCAGUUCUUCAUCCCGCAGUGUCCUAAAGCUGGAAACACACAGGCGGUGUCAGACCUGCUGGCAGAGAUUGGAGCUGUCCUGGGCCGUCACUCAGGCCCCGCUGUCCUGGAGGCUGCAGCCCGCACGUACCUCAGUCUGUGCGGGGAGGAGACGUCCUGCUGCUCCGCUGCUCACGCCGCAAGAGACUCUGUGGUCCAGAGCUGGGCAGACAGACUGACCGCUCUGCUGCAGGACGCGCUGAAGGCGGACACUUUCACUGCUGAUAAGGAACACACUGGAGACAUUCUACUGACACUGAAGAAACUCAGAGCUUUUCACAACUGUCAUGACCUCUCCCGUUGGAACCUGUUUGAGCUGCUGUCCCCUCUCCUGUCAGUGGAGGGCAGCGAGAGAGGACCACCACCAGAGGUGCUGCUGGAGGUGCUGCAGUGUCUGUGUUACUCAAUGAUCUGGUCUCUCAACACGAGUGGUGAAUCGCUCAGCUCCAGAGAUAAAGCCGUGGCCCAGAGAUUGCAGCUGCGACUUUUCUGUGAGAGGAGUCAUCACUGCCUGUCUCACUCUGAGCCCAGUGUGCGACAGCAGGCUUUUCUGGGUGUGUGUGACGUUCUGACGGCUCACUCCUACCAGCUUCAGGUGUGGAGUCCCACCUCCUUCGGCCCCCUGCUCUACACUACCAGUCCCAAACUGCAGAGGGCGCUGUUGACCUUUAUAUGCCAGCACGCCUUUGUUGGAUCGGAGUGUGACAGCCGGAGCAGUGUCAGUGAGAACUCUGAGGCGGAGAAGCUGGAGGACCUGCACAGGCGAAGAAAUCUGCUCGCGGCCUUCUGCAAACUGAUCAUGCAUGGAGUGCUGGAGAUGAGCAUGGCGGCUGAGGUGUAUACGUACUACAUGAAGUACUACAAUGACUUUGGAGACAUCAUCAAGGAGACGAUGUACCGGACCCGGCAGACGGAUAAGAUAGAGAGCGCUCGCACUCUGGUGCUCUGUUUGCAGCAGCUCUUCGUUCGCCUGAAGCGAGAGCAGGAGAGCGGCGGCAGGGCUCACCCAGGAGUCCAGACCUUCACCAGCAUCAAAGAGCUCGCCAGGCGCUUUGCCCUCACUUUCGGCGACCUUGUCAAGUUCCGCGAGUGCGUCGUCGUGAUCCACAGGAACGGGAUUGAGUUUGUGUUCCAAGAGUUUAGUCAGACUCCAGAAACGCCUACGCCCCUUUACCUCUACUACCUGACCAUCCUCAGCGAAUUCUCCAGCAAGCUGCUCAAACCAGACAAGAAGUCAGUGUUCUCCUACCUGCAGAAGCACACCGCAGAGCACGUCACUGACCUCAGGGAGGAGCGCUGGCAGCCUCUUAUCCACUAUCGAGCUUCCCUAUUGGCUGCGGGAGAAGGGGAGGACGCUGUGUCCAACGUUAGCUCUGACAGGAGGCCUCACAUGCCCAAUCGUUCUCCUUUUUACAAACAAAAACUAGAAGGCAGCAAAUCCCCAGGCCUGUUCACCCCCACCCACUCCAAAGUCAGUAAAGUACAAAGAUCAAACUUCAGUCCAAGCCGUCAGGAAAAAACGACAGAUGCGGCGGACCCCUUCUCUGUCCCCGUGGAACCGCCAGCAAAAAGGUUAAACAUGGGAGGAUCAGACGGCGGCACCAGCAACGAGGUGGAGAACGACACUGUGGAAGUGGAACUGUGAGAAGGCGGAGCUUUGGAGGGAAUCGGUGCUUCUGUUUGGACCUAAGGUGACACAAUGAACUGUGAGAGAGACAUCCCAAUGUCCGUUUAUUCAUUCUGUUGAUACAGGUGUUAAAAAGGCAGCACUUUAUAUUUUAUAUGAGGAUGUCUAAUUGUCUUUAUUUCCUAUAAUUUUUGUUAAAAGCAUAAAUGGUAGGGUUACUUUGUAACCUUGGUUCUCUGAGUGAAGAGAAGAGACUAUCUCUCCAGCCCUUAGGCAGCUCAGAGACACGUUUAGAUCAAACUAUCAGUGAUUACACGCCAGCAUAGUUUCUUUAAAGAUGAGCUGUAGGGCGUGACCGGGCGAUCUGGAGUGUCCUCAAGUAACAUCCAAGGACUCUGACGAGAAGGGGAUCACAUCCUGUACAUGUUAUGUAACGUGGGAGGAGAGAUAGUCUAGAGACGAUAAUCACUGAUGAUUAUCGCCGUAUUGCUAAAGGAACCAAGGUAGUGCAGUGCCAAUUUAGAUGCAAUUUAUGUCAAAAUAAUGUUACAUUUAAAUUGUAACUUUUGGACCUUUGAAUGUCAGAAAAUGUCUGAUCCUAAUCUCUAUGGUGUUGUUGAUCCAGUUGAAUCCAUUCAGUAUACGCCAAGCCCAUUUUUUUAAAGACUGUUUUACAAUCUACUUUGAAUUCCGUCCAAAUCUGUCUAACUCCAAAAUCUGAUCCAGAACACGACUGGAUGAAGCUGAAAUUAUGAUUUCCCUCUGCAUGAAGUUUAGCUUUACCUGACCCUCAAAGUUUACUCAAACAGGGACGGCAUCGUGUGACAAAGCCUGUUAAAUCUCUUUUUAAUGCUUUACGCUCUGUUGACCAGUAGACAGUCAGUCUGUAAGUAUGAUGUCUCAGUGACCGGCAGGCGGCCCGGGUUCAUGUCCGACCUGUGGCCCCUUUUCCACAUCUCAUUCCCAUCUCUCCUUCUCUCUGAUGUUUUCUUCAAUGGAGGCACAAAAAUAUGGAACAUUCUUCAGAAAAAAAAGACUGAGUCAGUAUUUUGUAUAUUAUAUUUCUAGGUCCAUAAAUCUGACUGUCUUCACACUCCACAGACGUAUUGAUGAUCUGCCAAUGAAGCGCAAUGAAUGAAUGGUUCAGAAAAGGGUUGCACUUUAUUUCUAUAUCUUUCUCUUUCAACUUAAUCAAAGUAAUUAUGUUCCUUCUGUUAUGUGUUUGGCUAAUGUCUGAUAUACCGUUCACUUUAAAUAUCAGUGCUUUACACUUUAUUUGUCGCCCAUGAUGUAUUCAAAAGACAUCAGUGACCGCCGCUAUAUCACAAGGUUAACAACGUGGUCAUUGUUGCUCGGUGUGACCUCAUAGUGACCUCAUAGUUCCCACGUUUAUUAUCGAAUCUUCUACCCUAAAUUUAAGAUCCUGCUGCCAUAAAUAGCGACCAGCUCACCAACAAUGUAUUUAUACACAGCGUAAGGUAAUUCUAAGCGAAUGCACUUUCUAUUCUGGUUGAGGUUAUAUUUAUUAAGAAAACAUAUUUAGAUUAUUUAUUAAUAAAAAGGGAUCAACAGACCUGUUAUCAGAUUUAAAGAUUUCUUUAAAAACCGUGUAGAAACAAACGUGUUUCGGGCGACAUUCGGUGCGGAGGAAGUUGGAAAAAAUCUCAAAUCUCUUUUUUUUUUUUGAAACAUUCAGAGAUAAGAAAACAAAACAAAAGCUUUAAUUUCAGACUACGGUUAACUGUAUUUUACUUGCAGACUUUAUGUUCUCAUUUACUGACAAAGUGUAUCUGUGUGUGUAAACAUUUAUCUGUGUGCACAAAGUAGUGUUGUAAUAAAACACCACACUAAACGAACUAAUCAUAGUGAUGAUGUAAAGAAAUAACCGAUCAGUGGUCGUCUUGAUUUAAAUUCCGGAGUCCAACUAGUCUAAACCCGAGACAAGACAGAUUAAAAAUUCUUCUGAUUCUGAGACGAGACCAAGACGGAUUUCGAGUACAACACUAGCACAAAGUGAUGCAUCUUUCACACUAACUUCCAGAUUAGACUCACAUGCUUUAAUAUGCGAUGUGUGAUAUGCUGUCUGCCACUUUAUCAUUGCACCUUACAGGACUUUUUUUUUUUUGCCAAAGUUUGCCAAAACUGACUCUUAAUGUAUUAUUGUCAAUGAAAUAAAGAAAUGAGUUCAUCCCUCAAA